UUGAAUCCAGUGGUCCAGUAGUUCCAGUGGUGAGAUAGCGCUGGGAUGUUGUGUAUGGUGUAUGUGCUGUGAGACUGCACUGGGAUUCUCAGCAAAUCUGAUUAUAACUCAACUCCCAAUACAUUAUACAACAAAAACAACUUUUCGUGUAUCCAGUGGUUGGAAAAGGCAUAGGCUUUGGGAAGUAUAGCCCAAAGAAUUUGGUGACUGUUGUAUACAUUACGCGAAUAUACAGUGCACUACACUAUCGGCGCCGCAACAAAACAUGUGUCUAUUAUUGGUGAUAAUCAGCGCAUUCUUCGUGUCCAUCGGUGGUCAACAGAAUCCGACCAUCAGUUUCAUCACGAAAGAGCGUAUUGUGAACAUCGGCGACACUAUAGACCUCUCCUGUUCCGUACAGUACGCCAGGGACUACCCCACCAUAUGGGCUAAGAUUAAUAGGGAUAACCCCGUGAACCACCUGUUCAUCUCCAAGGGCUCAUCCCUGUCCAUACCGGACAACAGGUACUCCAUCCGACACGACGACGCCAGCAGUACUUAUACGCUGCAGAUCUCUAAGAUCCAGGAGAUCGACGCCGGACACUACCAGUGCCAAGUGGUCAUCGGCACGUCCAGCCGGGUCACCGCAGAUGUGAACGUCUUCGUGCGGAUCCCGCCCGUCAUCAGCGACAACAGCACCCGAUCGGUGAUCACGAGUGCCGGCGCAUCCAUUUCCCUCCAGUGUUACUCCUUUGGCUUCCCUCAGCCGCAGAUCAGUUGGCGCCGGGAGAACAACGACCUCUUGCCCACUGGGGGCGCACUCUAUAGGGGCAACAUCUUGAUCAUACACAACAUCACCAAGAAUGACCGUGGUACUUAUUACUGUAUCGCCGAUAAUAACGUGGGCAAAGGUGCCCGACGUAAUGUGGGCGUUGAGGUGGAGUUCGCGCCGGCGGUCACUGUGGAUAAGGUGCGAUACAUGCAGGCCCUCCAAUAUGACGCCGAUUUGCACUGUCAUAUCGAGUCGUUCCCCAAUCCCAGCAUCAUAUGGCUUAAGGACGGGUAUGAGCUGAAGGACUCCCAGCACCAUCACAUCAGCAUAUUUAGUACGAGCCAUGAGUUCACCGAUUCUGUGCUCCGGGUCAAGCGUAUUGAGAAACGGCAUUACGGGGAAUACGUGUGUAAAGCCAUCAAUAAGUUGGGCUCCGACCAGAAGAUUAUAGAGCUCCGGGAGUCCGUGAACGUGGUGUGCCCGCCCUCGUGCGGCAUUGGCUACGCCGGGUUCGUGGGCGCCGGUAGCCGACCGUACGUGGAGUAUAGGCCGAUGGCGUGUCUACUAGUGUUGUGUGUAUUAGUGUCGCGGCUGUUAUCUAAUCAAUGAUCUGAUGAUUUGAUUUAGUUUUUGUUGUUUAUAUGAAUAAUGUUUCGUACGUUAAGUGAAAAAUUGUGUUUAUUUUAGUGACAUUUGUUUGAAUAGUUACGUGAAAAGCACUGACAGCUAAAUGCAUACAUAAAAAACUCAAAGACUUAUUAUUUCUUAAAUAUAUUAAUCAAUUGAUAAGCAUUUCGAUGAUUGAUCACAAAGACUGCCACCGACACCACAACAAACUCGACUGAAUCACCAUUUAGUGGGAAAGCCUAUCAUCUGAUAAUUAAUAACUGGGACCUAAAACACACAUUCCAUUGGAUUUUGAUAUAAAAAUCAAAAUAUGAUAUAAAAUAAGAAAAAUUAUUUUUUUCGACACAAAAAUCGACGCGAAUUCUGGGCAUUAAUUCUGCGCCAAAAACAUCACUAAAAAUAAUCUCAAACUUCGAGCAAAACCUCUCAAUAAUUCUCUUUAUUAUAUACACACUGUGUGUCUGUCCUAUCAUCACAUCCCUAUCCAAUCGCCAAAACAAGCCGUCCUUUUCACUGCAUUUCUCGACUCAUUU